AGGAAAUAUGGAAUGCGUAUCACGAUUAAUUAUAUUUGAAACACUGUUAAAGAGAAGCUGAUGAAACAGAUGUACAUUAUCUUUGAUUACUGCUGCUUACUGCUUUUUCUGGCGAUGAGCAUGAACACUGAGCAGCAAGCCUGUGUUAUUUGUAAAGUAAAAGAUGAAGGUCCUACUGCUAAGCUUGGUACAAAGGGGUGCAUGAGUUUAGUGACAGUUAGCAAGAAGAAAGGUGAUCUGCUAUGUGUUUCUCCGGGCCAGAUAGUACAUCUUGAGUGUAGGAGGGUCUACUGUCACCCAAACCAGCUUAGAACAUCAAAAGAAAAGUCUGAUUUAAACUCUAGUGUAAAGACACGGAAAUCUGGUGAAACAGCAUUUGAUUUUGAAAGUAAAUGUAUCUUUUGUGGUACUGACGCAAAACAAAAUGAAAAUAAAAGAGGUUAUGACGUUUUCCCAGUAAGAACUCUUGAAUUUCAGCAAACAAUAAAAAAUGUGUGUAAACAGAGAAAUGAUGAAUGGGGAAAUGAUGUACUUUGUAGGCUUGAAUUAGUACACGACCUUCCAGCUGCUGAAGCUCGAUAUCAUCAAGUUUGUAGCGUUAAUUUUAGGACAGGUUAUCAAAUUCCUACGCCAUAUAAAUCUCCUGUUAAUUCUCAAAAAAGAAAAAAAGGUAGACCAACUAAAAAAGAAAUAGAAGACGCAUUCUUUGAUACCAUGAAGUAUUUUGAAAAUUAUGAACAUGAUCAAGUAACACUGUCAGAUCUUGUGAAAAUUAUGUCAGAGAUGUGUGGGGAUGAUGAAGCAUAUGGUACAGCUUAUAUGAAAAAAAGAAUGAUUGAACAUUUUGGGGAUGCUAUCAUUAUAUCAGAACUGAAUGAAACAUGACGUUGUAACAUUUAAAAGUACAGCUCAUUCCAUUUUACAUUCUUUUUAUAAUAGAAAUGGCAAACAAAAUAGUGAAUCAGAACAGAAAGCUAUCAUACUAACAGCAGCAAAACUUAUUUUCAGUGAUAUAAAGUCUGGCGAGUAUUCAAAAGAAAUUUAUCCAACAGCAUCCGAAAUUAUGUCACUUGAAUCUAACCUUAAGUAUGUCCCUGAAAGUCUCCAAAUAUUCCUAAAUAAGAUAAUUGAUAACAAACAAGGAGAAAAGAAGAUUGCAUCUAUAGGUCAAGCAAUUGUGCAAGCUGCUUGCCCAAGGAGUGUUAUCGCACCACUACAGAUAGGUUUAGGUGUGCAAGUCCAUCAUCUAGUUGGCUCUAAAAUGCUACUUGAAUCUUUACAUAGUCUUGGUUUCUGUUCCUCUUAUCAAGAAGUUCUGAAAUAUGAAUCUUGUGCUGCAGUUACACAGGGAACAACUAUUCACACAACUAAUAAUGAAUUUGUGCAAUACAUAGCCGACAAUGUCGAUCAUAACAUUUGUACAUUGGAUGGACUGAACACAUUUCAUGGGAUGGGCAUAAUUGCAGCUGUUACUCCUAGACUUAAAACGAAUCAAAUUAUCCCACGUGUACAUGUAGCAAAUGAAGAGGUAACUGAUAUUGCAAAAAUUGACAUUCAUUUCUACAAACAAAAGAGUAACAAAAUGGAAGAGAUGAUAUUUAAACAUUUAAUUGAUUUAGCAGACAUUGAAGAACCACUGAGAGAACUUGACUUCCUGAUUAAAAUUGCACGACCGUUGGGAGUACAGUCACCAGGUUGGUUCGGAUUUAUGCAUAUGGUACAUCAUGGAAAGUAUCCCGGAGAGUCAUCCUUGGUGUUCAUGCCUAUGAUUGAUAUGAGUGCAAGUGACCUGUCUUGUAUCUUUUCAACGCUGCACUUUGUAGUAUCACAAUCUAACCAAUCGAAUACAACCCCGGUUCUUACCUUCGAUCAGCCUCUGUACUGGAAGGCACUCAAUAUUAUAGAAAAUGAACCAAGUGAAAGCAAGAUUAAAUCAGUCGUGGUACGGUUGGGUGGAUUUCAUACCGAGAUGAGCUUUUUAGGGUGCAUUGGCAGAAUAAUGGAAAAUACUGGCCUGAAAGAACUUCUUGCGACUGCUUAUGCUGAAAAUACAGUUGGACAUAUGCUUGAUGGUAAAGCUAUAAACAGGGCAAUCAGAGGACAUUUUCUUGUAGAUGACGCAUUAAAUGUUCUGCUGCUUGAAAAACUGCUGGCACAGAAAGAUCAAUCUUCGGAUAGUAACAACAAUUCUAUCCAAACUAAAGACGACACAAAUGAUAACAUUGAACCAGAAACUGGAAGUGACAGUCUCAAAGAAGAAGACACAGAACAAUGUGACAUCCACGAAGUGGAACACACAGAACAAAAUGACAUUCGCAAGGUAGAAGAAAGGGGACAAAGUGACAUUAACAAAGAAAAAAGCACAGAACACAGUGACAUUCCUAAAGUAGAAGACAUCCAUCAUGAUAUAUUGAAUAAGAGACGAGCCCCGGAAUCUCUGCAAAAUAACAAAACAAUACUUGAAUUGAUGGAAAGCUAUGAACAAAUGAAGUUGGACCUUUUGAAAUAUAAAACUGCUAGGCUUUGGCUGCAACAUAUGGAAAUGAUAGAUAUACUAAAAUCAUUUAUCAAAGCAGAGCGAACUGGAAACUGGUGUCUACAUCUGAAAUCCAUGCAGAAAAUGCUGCCAUUCUUUGCAGCAGCCGGUCACAACCUGUACCUGAAAUCAGCUUAUCUGUAUCUGCAACAGAUGAUAAGUCUUCCUGAUAGCAACCCACAACUUCAUAACGCAUUUUGCAAUGGGUUUCAUGUUGUACGCAGGGGCGAUCGCUACUGGGGAGGUCUUUCAACGGAUUUGGCGAUAGAGCAGGUCUUAAUGCGAAGUGUUAAGUCGGUCGGUGGUCUAACUAGAGGAAGAGGGAUGACAGAAGCACAAAGAGCACAUUGGUUACUUUCUGUCCCUGCAAUGGCUGAGAUUAAUAAUGCAAUGCAGGAAUUUACAGAGCAUAGAUUAAUAACAAGUGAGCAGCAUAAGGAAAGUACAGAAUCAAGAAUUAAAAGAGACGAACUGGACAGAAAUACAUUUAUAGACUUUUUAAAAGAAAGAAAUCCAUUCGCAGAAGAAGUAGAGUUAAGAAACAUUGAAACAGGAGUUAUUGCAGAUAAAAAUGUAAAUGCGGAUACAGCAAAAGAAGUUGGUGAGGGUAUUAUAAAGGGGAUGACAGAUCAAAAAGUUAUCGAGUAUACAUUUAAAAGGAAGAAUGAAGCUGUAACGUUAGGAAAAAAGAACAGUGUGAAAGUUGACGGAGCAGAAAUACAUGUUGAUUCACAACUUCUAUUCGAACGUCUUAUUGCUGUUGCUGACAUAACAUUAGAUGAGAAGGAAGAUAUUUUCCAGUAUGAACUUUGUGGCAACCCUUCCUCUCUGUUUGAUUCUGCUGGACUUUUGCGCGAACCACAAAAACCAUUAUUGGCCAAGGCUAUAUGGGACCAUAGCAAAUGUGGUACAGACAUUAUAUCAGAUGAAACUGUUCAUUAUGUCUUAGAUGGUGGCUCGUUAAUUCAAAGAAUUCCUUGGUCAUGUGGAUCAUCGUUUGAUUCAAUUUGUUCAAGAUAUACAGAUUACGUCGAGAGGAGCUAUGGUAAAGCACAUGUAGUGUUUGAUGGCUACUGCAACGGUCCGUCAACAAAAGACGUAACUCAUGAGCGAAGAACAAGGGGGUCGUUGGAACAGAAGUAAAAUUUGAUGGGAAAACACCAUUUAAAACAAAAAAGGAGUCAGUUUUGUCAAACAAAGAAAACAAACAAAGAUUUAUCAAUCUUCUAACAAAGCAUAUGCAAGACCGGGAAAUUUGUGUUUUAAACGCUGGUGGUGAUGCUGAUGUUCUGAUAGCUGAAACAGGAGUAAAAUUAGCGAAGGAUUUUCCAACUGUUGUUGUUGGUGAGGACACCGAUCUACUCGUUUUACUUCUUUAUCAUGCAAACGAAUCAGACAACAACUUGUACUUCACAUCCGACUCGAAGAAUUGUAUGAAAAAGAAGAGAAUAUGGGAUAUAAAAGAGACAAAAUGUGCAUUAGGUUAAGAAACGUGCAGAUUAUUACCAUUUGUUCAUGCUUUCAGCGGG